GGCGGGGCGGGCGGCACUGGCGGCACUGUCAGCACUAGGCGGCGAGCGGAAUGCAGCGGCCGGAGGCCUGGCCACGUCCACACCCGGGGGAGGGGGCCUCAGCGGCCCAGGCCGGGGGUCCAGCGCCGCGCGCUGGAGCCGGGGAGCCCGCGGGGCUGCGGUUGCAGGAACCUUCCCUCUAUACCGUCAAGGCUGUUUUCAUCCUAGAUAAUGACGGACACCGUCUGCUGGCCAAGUAUUAUGAUGACACAUUCCCCUCUAUGAAGGAGCAGAUGGUCUUUGAGAAAAAUGUCUUCAAUAAGACCAGCCGGACUGACAGUGAGAUUGCAUUUUUCGGAGGCAUGACCAUCGUCUACAAGAGCAGCAUUGACCUCUUCCUGUAUGUGGUGGGCUCAUCCCAUGAAAAUGAGCUGAUGCUCAUGGCUGUUCUCACCUGCCUGUAUGAGUCCCUGAACACCAUGUCAAGGAAGAACGUGGAGAAGCGCUGGUUGCUGGAGAACAUGGAUGGAGCCUUCUUGGUGCUGGACGAAAUCGUGGAUGGAGGAGUGAUUCUGGAGAGUGACCCCCAGCAAGUGGUCCAGAAAGUGAAUUUUAGGGCAGAUGAUGGUGGCUUGACAGAACAGAGUGUGGCCCAGACUUUCAGGGUCUCCAAGGUGAUGUGGAGCUGGUAUCAUUAACUAAUCACAACUUGCCAGCAGCUCACCUCAUCCGAUUUGAAAGCUGAGGUUCUCCAGUCUGCCAAGGAACAGAUUAAAUGGUCCUUACUGAAAUAAAGGUUCUGCAUUCAAGACUCCCUGUCCCCAGGCCUCUUCCCUAAUCCUAGCAAAAACUUCAAGACCCCAAGGGACAUGAGAGAUCCUUGUCUAUCAGCAAGCCCAUGGGAGUUGACUCCCAAAUCUUCAGUCGUGGACUCUGAGAUGCAAACGUUUGGCUUCAGCACUGAGUCUCUCCUUUCAAAUUGUCCUACCUGAUCCUUGGGUCAUGAGAACCAGCUGAGCUGCCUUAACUUACAAGUUAGGCAUUUUUGGCCCCAAAGCCCUAAUAAACCCACAUUUGUUUCCUGCCA